UACGUAACGUGUGUCCAGAGUCGCAAGAAGGCAGUGUUCCGCAUAUGACUUGUAGUCGAGUCCCAGAACACGAUCCAUCAGGAAGAGGGGCCCGAGGCGCCUAUGAGGUUUAUAUAAAUCACUGAAAGGUUGUAUGAUGAGUCUGUUCAUCAUUCUCACACUUUAUCUCUGUCCUCUUAACUGCUACUCUCAUGUCUGGACCAGGCGGACAGCGUCUUGGAAGGCUUAGAAACCAUGAGCAAUAUUAUCUGAACGGAGGCGACGUAUACUUCCUAGUGGAUGAAUACGUAUUUCGCGUCCAUCGCAUAUUCUUUGAGCGAGAAUCCCCCAGAUUCCAGCAGAUGUUCGAUCAUCCAGCACCCCCCGGGGAGCGACCUGCAGGUUCCUCAGCUGGAACUGCCUUCAAGCUCGAUGAUGUGAAUGCAGAGGACUUCUCCAAGUUCCUUUGGGUCUUCUAUAAUCCAAAAUACUCCAUAUACGACGCUUCAGUCGACGGCUGGCAUGCUAUCUUGCGCCUCGCAUCCCUCUGGGGGUUCCCGGAAGUGAAAGCUCUCGCAAUCCGUGAACUCGAGCGCAAGCCGAUGGGCUUGGUCGAUCGCAUCGUCCUGUAUCAGGCAUACAACGUUGAUCUGGACAUCCUGACCCCGCUCUAUGCGAAACUCUGCUCUCGCGACGAGCCUCUAACCAAAACCGAAUCGCAGAAACUCGGUGUCGAAACCAUUGUCCUCAUCUUCCAGGCUCGGGAGCGCCUUCGUUCGUCCUCGCGUGACGGAGUGAAGAGUCCUCUGCCGGAUGGCAUCAACUCUCUUGACGUGUUGCAGGUUGUUACCGAGGUGUGGCAGGGAGACGAUACGUCGUCGAACCGUACAUCAGGUGGAUGGGUGAUCAUAAAUUCGUUCUGCUGUACUUUUGCUUACUCAUUCCGUUGUUGCUGUUAGGAUCGAACACCGAUACUCGGCAGGGUACCACCUCGGCGCGCCAGGCGAACGGAUCUGCGGGCGGCCAGGAUGGCAGGCGCGGCGGCGCAGGACGACAGUGAUCGUCCUCCGCCUGUGACCCAGGUUGACAACGACACGCUGUUCGUGCCUUCUCAGACUCUCACAAAACAGCUAACGGUUCGGGUGAAGCGUCUUCUGUCGGUUUCGAAAGGAAAGAAGGGUUAGGGCACGAGACCGACAGUCGCGGUGUGGCGAACCCUAUCAAUUCUAUCCCUGAUUCUGAGAGGUUCCGAACAGAUUCCCCGCGUCCGCCUGGGUCAUGGGUAGCAUAGUUUUCGCUCACUUUUUGUAUGCACUUGUAACAUCAUGUAUCGUCCCAUAUCAACGUUUCUAAAUACCAUACACCGCGUACAGCCUUACACAAUC